AAAAUCCCUACAGUAAAAUGGCCGACUUGUUGACAUGGCCAGCCAAAAAUCUGGAUUUUCCAUAAAUUUAGGAAAACAGUAGUUAGUUGUAACGCACGUCUACAAGAACAAUCAAAAUCCGCGAAAUUAUGUGAUAUCGUUUACAUUGUUCCUUUAAACAGACCGUAAUCAUGGCUAGGAUACGUUGGUUAACGAGGACUUCUCGAAUAGUGGCAUUGUGCAGUGCUGCUAACUUCAUAAAUAGUGCAGAUCGGGUCAUAAUGCCCAUCGCUAUUGUUCCCAUGACAGACAUAUUCCAGUGGAGUCUGCAUGCACAGGGGUGGAUUCUGUCGGCUUUCGCUUUUGGUUAUUUCACUAGUCAAAUUUUAGGCAGUUUCUGGGCCAGCAAGCUUGGCGCCAAGAAUGUCCUAAUCUGCAGCGUUUUGUUGUGGAGCAUCGCUACAUUCGUCACCCCCUUUCUGGCCCACAGCCUCACCGCCCUCGUCAUCUGUCGCAUAGUCCUAGGUUUCGCAGAAGGCCUAGGUUUACCCACAAUUUUCCAUUUGUUCGCCCAUAGUAUACCAGUGGAAGAACGUUCACGAGCUUUCAGCUACCUAUUGGCUUCAGGCUCUGUUGGACAAACUGUGGCCUCAGUACUGUGCCCUCAUUUAACCUGGGACGCGUGUUUCUACUGGUUCGGCUCUUUUGGGUUCAUAUGGGUAAGCCUGUGGUACUUUGUCUAUCCUGAAGAUGCAUUUAGUAGUGAAGAUACCAUUCCCUUACACAUGCCCAAAGUGAUUUCAAGGAGUAUCCGCUGGGCUGACUUCAUCCUGAGUAAACCCUUAUGGGCAAUUUAUGUUGCUCAUUUUGCAAUGAACUGGUCCUCGUACAUUAUAAUGCAAUGGUUACCUACAUAUUUAGCACGAUAUUUGGGGGGAAAUGCCCACAGCUUGAGCCUCACGUCCGUUCCAUACAUUGUCAACUCAAUUUUUGGAGUGAUCAGCGGGCAUGUGGCCGAUGGGUUACUUCUCAAGAACUGGUCAGUUUUGAACGUCAGGAGACUUAUGACCAGUGUGGGUCUUGUAGGACCAGCGCUAUUUCUGGCUAUUUUCUGCGUCGUGGACCAUUUGCCCUUCGCCGUGGUACUGGUAAGCAUUUCCAUGGGACUGUCAGCGUGUAAUUCAGCAGGACAUUUGAGUAACCAUGUGGAUGUGGCGCCGAAUUAUGCUGGGACUACUUUCGCUAUUAGUAACACUAUAGCGACUAUACCAGGUAUUUUGUGUGGGCCAGUGACGGCAUCCUUGGUCACUGCCUUUGAUGGCAAAUGGAUGACUGUGUUCCUUGGAGCGACGUUCGUUAAUCUGAUGGGUGCUUUUAUUUAUUUCACGAAUAGUGUGGCUACACAAGUGUUGUAAAGUGCGAAAUGAGAUUUUAUUCUAAGGUUAUGUAUAGAAAGUUGUAUAUUUAUGUAGAUAAGUCUAAGUACAUAAUAAAAAAGUGAGAAAUG